AUGAACAGGGUCUUGUGGAUCGAGAACAAGCUUGGGUUCAUUAAUGGCACCAUCUAUGAACCCUUUGACCCUAAUGAUCCAUUAAUGGAACACUGGCUGAGGUACAAUGACAUCGUGAUAACAUGGAUGCAGAACACAAUGGCAGUUGAUAUCAAAUCUAGCAUUACGUAUGUAGAGACUGCACAUCAGCUUUGGCUGGAGUUGGAACAACGUUUUGCUCAACAAAAUGCUCCAAGAAUUUUCAAGGUGAAACAAGGCAUUCUAGACCUAAAGCAAAGACAAGACUCAAUAAGCAUUUAUUUCUUUAAACUUAAAACCUUUCUUGAUGAAUUACUCAAUUAUGAAUCAAUUCCUAACUAUACCUGUGGAGGUUUAAAAGUCGUAGUUCAGAACCAACAAAGGGAUUGUGUGAUGAAAUUCUUAAUGGGACUCAAUGAUACUUAUAAAGCUGUUAAAGCACAGAUACUGCUAAUCAAACCUUUUCCCAGCUUGAAUGAGGUUUAUUCCAUUAUUCAACAAGAAGAAAAGAGGUGGGAAAUUUCUACCAACAGCCUAGGCAAUGAUUCUAUGGCCAUGGUGAGCAAAGGUUUUUUUAGCAAGACAAAGAAGGGAUAA